AUGGAUGAAGAAGAUACAGAGCCAAUGCUAAGGCUGCCUUCAGCCGGUAAUGGCAGCUGGAAACGCUGGAGCUUGGCAGUUGCAGCUGCUGCACUGGUGACGCUUUUGCUCUGUCAGAGGAGCACAUCAACAGGGCCUGCACGAAGUAAGUCUGGAAGCGAAGAUCUGCAGCUGUAUUCUGCCGGGUACAAAGAAGGUGUGAAGUAUCGCCUGUGCAACGUGGACACAAAACAAUGCCUCACGACCUCGGGCGACAGUGGGACCUUGGACUUUGCAGCCUUCAACAAGGCAGAUGCCUUCCUCAUUGGUGGCUCCAGGACAGCGAUUAUUCUAAGCGACCCUGGCGACCCUUUGAAAGCGCUUUGCCUUCAGGCAACAUCCAGUCACGUGACGCUGCAGCACUGCCAGUCCAAAGCGGUCUUUCAUGUGCUAGAUGUGCACAUGACUGGCACCAUCAGGUCAGAAUCAGGACAUUGCCUACAAGCUGUGAACGAAAACGGCUCCAUCAAGGUGCAGCCUGGUCCGUGUAUUGGUCCUGGAACCUCCUGGCUGGUGGGCGAAGUACCCCAGUUCUACCAAAGUGGAACUCGCUACAAGAUCUGCAACACCUUCCUGAAAGACGCCUGUGUCGGUCCGUGCAAAGAACAGGCAUGCGAGGGCAGCGAGCUCUUUUUGGCGAACAAGUCCAAAGCGGCUGAGUUUGUGAUCAAGAACGUCAGGGACACCAUGGAGGUCACCACCUUGGCGUUGGCCGAGAAUCCCGAGAUGUGCGUUCAAACGCAGGGCUUCGGAACCUGCAACGGGGCUUGUGCUCUUCAAUCGCAUUCAAAGAUCGUGUUUGAGAAGUGCCAGGCCACACUGCAGAAUUUCUAUUUGCCCUUUCCGCCUUUGUCCUAUGGCCGCCUGCGGUGGGCUAUGUACGAUGAUCGCUGCGUCACAGCUCUUCCACCCGACAAGGGAUCGCUUAAGAAGGCGAUCAUGGCCAAGAUGCAGUGGUUAGCUCCUCUGCUGGGAGUGGUAGCAGUCACUUUGAUUGGCUCCGGCUCCUUACAGUUCGUAAGCCCACUGCCUGGACCGCAUGCUCUGCGCACUGCAACGCCAGAGCUUGGAAGGCGCUCCGCUGCUGUGAACGACAGCUCCAGCUCCAUUCGUGGCUGCGGCUCCGCGGUGUUGUGUGCAGCAGCGUUGGUCCUUGCGGCUGGCAAGGCUCAACGAUCUGUGCGCAAAGUGGCCCCAAACCCGCAGGUCAUUCCAGUUGUUGACCUCUCCGGAAAGAAGAUCGGCGAAGAGGAGUUGCAAUUGCAAACCUUCAGAAAGACCACCGCCAAUUACGUCGUGCACCAGGCUUACAGCAUUUGGAAGUACCAGCAGUUUCCAUUCUCAGCCUAUGAGAAGCGCCGCAGCGAGACAAAGAAAGGCAAGAAGUUGUGGAAGAACAAGGGUGUUGGACGUGCUCGAAUGGGUUCCAUUUACAGCCCUCUAUUUGGCAAAUCAGCGACCAACAAGAACCGGCACGGCCUUGAUGACAAGCGAAAAAAGAAGAUCAAAAGGAAUAUGCACAUGAAGGCCAUCUCAACUGUGUUGCAAAGUAAGUGGCGUGUCAUGAAGAUCGUGGAAGGUUUGGAGGACAUCCAGGAGCCCCGCUACUACGAGCUGUGCGACAUGAUUCGUGCCUGGACUGGCGCCAAGGUUGGGGAAAGGCAGACCUUGAUGAUUUCUCGCAACGGCUACGGAGAGGAACACACCCACAAGUGCGUGCCACGAGCCUUCAGCUACAAGAGCCCAAUCUACAUGGCAGGACGUCUGAUUGACAACUUCUCCAUGAGGCGUCCCCGUGAUAUGGAUGCCGAAAGCGAUGGGUUGUACCAGGCGUUGAUUGGAAGAAAGAUCAUUGUCUCCCGGGAGGCAUUCUUCGAUCUGAAGGCCAAAUUUGAUGCCUAUGAUGGAUGGGCCUUCAAGUCUCCCACCGAGAUUCUGGUAGAUCAGAUGCAGACAUUGGUGGAGGACUAUCCUUACGACCGGGCUGCGGAGUUCGAAGCUGCCAGAGAACUUCCCAGGAAGUUGGCAGAGCGUGAGUUCUGGGCCAAGGAGAUCCGCGAGAAGCAAGCAGAAGAUGCCGUGAAGGGCGGCGUGCGCCUAGUGCGCAGCUCCUGGCUGUUGGCCGCGGCAUUGGUGCUUGGGGUUCCGUCCGGUCUCAGUGCCUUUACCUCUGCGGUGAAGCUCCGGCCAUUUUCACCACGGAGCCGGUGCAGUCUGGCGCCGCGGCGUGCGGAGGCUGAUGAUGAGGUGGUAGAUGUGGAAGUCGAGGGUGAUGACGAGGAGGAGGAGGAGGAGGAAGAAGUGGAAGCGGAGCCUGAAGUGAAAUCGGUGCUGGAUAGUGGCAGCAACAGGUACACCGUGGCUCGUUACAUGAGGGAAAAGUACAAGAUCUGGCCUAACAUGAAAUUCGUCAACACUGCGACCAACGAGACUGGCGUGUGGAAUAGCUACUUCAAGAUGCCAGAAUCGGAAGUCGAAAGGAAGCGACCUCAUUUGAUGUAUCAAUACUUCAAGCAGAUCAGGAAACUCCGAAGGAAGAUGGGCGAUUGCCGCUACCGCAACGGCCAGCUGAAGUUUAUUGUCAUGAUGCGACAUCAUCCCUUUACAAGAGAGAUAUACGGCUCAAGAUAUGCAGAUAAACCGGAAUGGGUUCAGAUUCCUGGGGAACAAAGGAUGAAAUCCCAGAAGGCACGGGCCCGAGAACUCGAACGGAAGCUGCGCAUUGAAGCGGAGGAAAUCCGCAUGGAAAAGCUGAAGGCCAUGGGCGUCUGGCUUGGGACUUGGUAG